AGGAAAUGGCCAACCGUGGAUUCAAUCACUUGAAUCCUUUCUCCCCUCCGGAAUACCCUUAUCAUAGUCCACCAAACCAACAAGCUUACCCCAAUUUGCACAACCAACAAGUCUACUACAGCUCCCAAACCCCCAAUUCGCAGAUCCAACAAGCUUACCCCAAUCCGCAAAACCAACGAGUCUUUGCCAAUCCACAAUACCGACAAGUCGCUCCUAACCCACAGAACAAUCAAUUCGGUCACCAACAAGCGGCGCAAGCGCAAUUCGGCCAGGCCUGCCAGCCAGUCACGUUGGGCUACAGUACUCUCGGCGGCGCCUUGGUGAGUUGCGAUCAGAUUCCGCACGUCGUGGCUCAGCCAGACCAGAGGCUUAUCCCUUCCCAUGAUCUGGGAAAAAUUCCGCACGGACUUGCUCAGCAAAUUGUUGAUCAGCGCGAGCGAAACUGGAGGCUGGGAAGCCAUGUCUUGGACGACUUCGUUGAGACUACAGUUAAACACGUUCAAGAAGGCGCGCCUUUCCAGGAAUUGAACGGGAUUGAACUGGACCUCAUCAAUGAGUUUCCUGAUCUUGUUGAGAGGUAUAUGGAAGGCCUCAGAUAUGCAUGCAAGCACAACGAGAAUCGACGACAGCAGCAGCUUAACACAGAGAAAUUCGACCCUUUGGCACCCCUUGAGCCUAUUGACAGCCCUUCAAAUCUGCAAAUCCUUCAUCGGGUUCCUACCGAACCGACGGGAUCAGCAUUCAGCCAAACACCCAUGUCCAUUGACUCCGCACGAAAGCGACAACAAGAAGACAGUAUGUCAGUCCAACACGAGCAAGCUUCCCACGACCGAGCAGCUCAACAGUAUCUGGACAAUACGAGAAGCCUUCUCCAGUUCGUAGCAUCACGUCCAAAUCCUCUGGAACGUGUGCGAGCAGAUGUGGAGAAUGGAGUUGAUCAGCAAACCAGAGCGGCCCUGGACUACAGCAACAAUCUAGAGCGUCAGCUCCAAUUCAUAGCAUCACGACCAACUCCUCUGGAGCGCGUGCGAGCAGACCUGGGCAACAGAAGCCCGCAUGCUGACGGUUUCAACAGCAAGACCACCAGGGGUGUGGGAACUAGACCCUUGUCUUGA